ACUAGAUUUUAUAUUUUAGCGCAGAAGUCUCUGAAAGCUUGGGUGAGAAUGGUAGCUAUUGUAUAGCACUGCAGCAGAUCUUGCAACUAAAUACAACAGGUAAACAGAGGGAGAAGAGCUAUAAACUGUAUAGCUGUUGGGUUUUCCAACAAAGCUAAAGUGGCUUUAUUGUUUUAUUGAUGGUUUUUUAGCAUACCUGUUAGCAGUUAAUGCUUAAACAAAUACAAGCUGGACCAAACCACCGAAAUACUCUGGGUACUUUCCCCUGCACUGCAAAUGUGUCAGGAAAGAAUUCCUACAUAGUAAUGCUAGUUCUUCAUUAGCAAGUUGUGGCUUGCAUGCCUCCACAGACUACCAAAACAGGAGGGGGAGAGAGAUGGUCUUUCUAAUAAUCUGGAUUCCAUUUGCUUGCUGCCUUAGAGGUUGUGUCAUCAGUACUGUCCACAGCACACAAGGACUCUGUGUUAUUAAAUGAGACAGUCUGCCAUGUUUUGGACUAAGUAAGUUUUCCACUGAUGCAAAAAUGAGUCUACAUGUGGCAGGACAUUACAGUAUCUACCACACAGUUUAAAAAAUGGGGGAUUUUGGCAGGUGUUUUGUGGAAGCUGAAACAUGAUUCACACUCAUUACAACCACAGUUGUAAAAGGACAAUUAAAAAUAUUUGAACCUAAAUGUAGCAUGUAGCACGGUUCUUAAGCCGUGGACUCUUAUGACUGGAUUAAAUUAAACACCCCUGGUUUUGCUUAUGAAAAAGAAUAUGCCUUUAUUAAUGGAUUUUUUUCCCAAGUUUUUUCCAUAAAUAUGAAAACUUUUCUCCAGUGGAGUAAGUGCCUAACAUGAAAAGUUCAGUUAAUCUGCUUGUUGUAUAACAGUAUAACCUGGAUGGGUUGUCCCUCCUAAAGUAGGCCACUUGCAAACUUUUGAUAUUCCUAAUAGAGUCUGCUAUCCAGGGAAAAAAUUCAAGGCCUUGGCAUGCCUUGCUUGGUUUCUGGUGUAGUUUUUUAAUGGGGAAAGAGAAGGAUUAAAAUGACAGAUUUGGAAUCUUAAAGUUACUUCCUAUGAGGGCUGGUAAAUGAGGCAAAUGGUGAAACAAAUAUUUUCUGUGGUUGUAGAAAUAAGAUGUCAUUUCAAGUCAUAUAUAUCUUAAGUGAUGUUAACAAACGUGAUCUCUUUUACAAACUUCACUUUCCGAUUUCCCUCACUAGCUUUUGCAUGUGAUGAGCACUUCUUCUACCUUAUAGAGAACCAAAAGCAGGGAGAAUGGAACCAAGAGGAGGCAGAUGAGGAAAACAAAUAUGGAAAAUAUCCAAAUCCUGAUGUGAAAUGAGUACAGACUUCCACAAACUCCUUUUUGAAGUUUCCGAGGCUUUGGUCACAGAUGAACUGGUGGCACUGAAGUUCCUCAGCCUGGAUCACAUUCCCAUGAGGAAGCUGGAAGCCAUCCAGGAGCCCAAGGCCUUCUUCGAAGUGCUGCAGGAGAAAGACAUGAUUGAGUCAGGGAACCUGGCCUUUCUUAGGGAGCUGCUCUACUGGAUCGGUCGGAUGGACCUCCUGUCUACCCACCUGGAUUCCAGCCGGGAGCAGAUGGAGAGAGAGCUGCAGGUCCAAGGCAGGGCAAAGGUGUCAUCUUACAGGCAACUGCUAUAUGGAAUUGCAGAGGACUUGACUCCAGAAGAUGUCAAAAAUGUGAAGUUCCUGCUCCAAAAAAAAUUACCUAAGAACAAGCUCCAGGAUAAUGCUUCAAUGUUGCAGGUUUUUCUGGAAAUGGAAAGAAAUAGGAUAAUUAAAGAAGAUGACCUGACAACGCUGAAAGAUAUAUUAAAGCCAUUUAGAGCUGACAUAAAGAAAAAAAUUGAUAUCUAUGAAGAAAAAAAGAAAGAAAAUUAUUCUAAAGAAGAACUCCACUAUCCUGUGUCUGUUUCUCUGCAUCCAGGGGAACAAGGAGCAGAGGGGAAGACAACACACCUGCCUGUGGAAACAUAUAAGAUGAAAAAUAACCCCCGUGGUUACUGUGUGAUUCUUAACAACCACAUUUUUAACAAUCCGCAUUGCAACAGAAAAGGAACAGUGAAAGAUGGAGAGGCUGUGAAGAGGGUCUUUAAGUGGCUUCAGUUUGAGACAAUUGAGCACAUGGAUCUGGAAGCAAAAGAAAUAUAUGAGAAAGUUAAAGAAUACAGCAAAAGAGAUCAUAGAAACAUGGACUGUUUUGUUUGCUUCAUUUUUUCCCAUGGUGAAAAACACAAAAUAAAAGGCAUUGAUGAUGAGUUAGUAAAUAUUAGAGAUUUAGUCUCCUGCUUCAGUGGAUCUAAUUGUCCCUCUCUUGCUGGCAAACCCAAGGUGUUUUUCAUCCAGGCUUGCCAAGGCUCUGUUGGUCAUCCAGCUGUUCCAGUAGAAUCAGACUUUUCUGGACAUCUUGGGACGGAUGCUACUCCUCUGACUUCCAUUCCUGAUCUGGCUGAUAUUCUGGUUGGCAUGUCUACAGUGGAAGACUAUUUGUCCUUCCGGAGUAGUGAGACUGGCAGUGUUUACAUUCAAUGCCUCUGUGACAAGAUGGAGUCGCUUUGCCCACUCCGCAUCGAUCUCCUAACCAUCCUGACUACAGUGAACAAGGAAGUGGGAGGAAAAGAAUUUAAAGUAUGGAAUCAGAUGCCAGGAGGAAAAUUAGAGAAGCAGAUGCCACAGAUAAUAACAACGCUACGGAAGCAACUGAUCUUCGAAAUUCCACAAGGACAGUCAAGUAAAAAGUAGAAAAAUAAGAAUGCAAUCAGUUUAGGCUUCCACAGGGAAGAGACUUUACAUGAGAAAUUAUCUAGAUCUGUGCAGUUAGCCCCAGUCCUUGAAGGACCCAUAGGACCUAAAUUUUAAAAUUUCUAUAUUUAAUCAGUCUUCUGCCACCUGGAUCUGUGGCAGUUGGGUAGGGCUGUGGAAGAGUACAGAUCUGGCUUUUUGUCCUGCAGAAGCAGUGGAGUAUAUUCGGUCUGGGUUUCAGGUGAGGAAGCGUGUGUAGGGUUGUAACUGCCUUACCCAGAGGUCUAUCUUUGGAAGCUAUAAUUUUUCAUGGAAAAUAACAUCCUGAUCCAGAAGGACCAAAAAAACCAUGAUUAUGAUAAUACAGUGGUUCUUUUCCUCCAGAUAUUUAGUUUGGUUUAUGUUAUUAAUUUACUUGGCUAAGCAGCAUUUUGAUGUAAGCUUUUUAACAGUAAAGGUUCUAAUUGGAUUUUUUCUCAGCACUUCCAGGGGCCAGUGUGUCAUGAAUAGCUGUGGAACACUGGAAGGAAGUUCUUUGUACUCUU